AUGCCCUGCGCCGAUGGACACGCCAGUCUAUCAACCAGAUACACAAAGGUCCGAAUUCAAAUACUACUACUUGGAGUGGUCCUCAUUACUGGAUUGGUAGUUCUUGGCGUAAUAAAAUACCACUGGAGGAGGUCAAGUACGCCUGUGUGCAGCAAAUGCCCUGCGAACUACAUCCAUCACAAUGGAAAAUGCUACCUGUUCUCCUCCUCAAAGAAGACCUGGGAACAGAGUCGAGACUAUUGCGCAACCAUCGGAGGGAAUUUAGCAAUUAUCAAAAAUAAAGAAGAACAGGACUUUCUGGUGGCAAGGGUGAAAGAGGGGCAGUACUUUUGGAUUGGACUGAAUGACCUGGAGGCUGAAGGACAGUGGCAUUGGGUGGAUGGUACAUCUCUCAAAGGCACUGGAGCUGUUUUCUGGUUUGAUAGAUCACAACUCAAUGAACCCAGUGAGCCGGACAACUGGACCCAACAAGAUCCCUUGGGGGAAGACUGUGGCCUGCUUUCUUGGGCUGACUGGCGUGAUAUGUCAUGCAAACAAAUGUACAGAUUUAUAUGUGAGACUCUUGGCAGUUUUUCCUAGAUGUGACUAUCACUCUGCCAAGUAGAUGAUCAUAGCAUUGUUUUUUUUCUUUGAAAUUGUGAGAGUUUGCUGUUUAAUUCUUUAA